GUCCUCGAUACACGAGACCCGUCGGUUAAGCUACCGGCGUUUAUCAUGAUGGAACCGUACUGCGAAGAGUGCGACCGGUGGUUCCAAAAUGUGAACAACCUCCGGCAGCACCUUAACUCCGCACGUCACAAGCCCAAGACCGUCCAGUGUUACAUGUACAGCCGAGGAUGCAACCAGAUGUUCGUCUCCUGGUCCGCCAUGGUUCUCCACCUCGAGGAGGGCGGCUGCCGCAGCGGUAUCACCCGCGCCGAGAUCAACCGCUUCGUCGUCGAACGCGACCGACAGAACAUAAUCACCAAUCCCAACCGGAUGAUCACCGGUCCCUCUGGCUCCUCUUUCUAUGAGCCACCCCCGCCGACUAUCGCGACGGAGCAAGCCUGGAACGGCGGCGCCUACGAAUGCUACUUCUGCCACUCGCAGUUCCGUGCGCUGACGUCGCUCAACCAGCAUCUCGCGUCUCCGCGCCAUAGCGUGGCGGACGGCAGCCGGCUCUAUCGGUGCCCCAACACGCGCGACUGUGGUCAACAAUUCUUUGCCUUGAGCGGGCUCGUGCAGCACAUUGAGUGGGCGAACUGUGGUGUGCAGAGGUUCGAGGAGGUCCGCAGGAUCCCUGGUCUUGUGAGCGGUAUCAGAAUGAUACAGUACUGA